AAGACCUUUACCACUUACUCUUAGUCCGCAGGGACUGCUGUCCCGGUCCUUCGACAUUUUCUAUUUUCAUAGAUAAGCAUAAUAAAAUCAUCUUUCUCUUUUUUUCGAAAAAAUUAAAAAGGAUAAUAUGUACACCUAAUGAGAGGUUCAAAAGACACACACUCUACAUGUAAAUAUCUACUACCAUUUUCUCUCCCUUUUCCUCUGUUUUGCCGCUCCAAAAGAUAAGAGAUGAUAGUACUCAAAGCUAUUCAAACCUCUUUCACUGCUAUAAAACAUACCUCUUUUCACACCACAAGACUUUCCAACACAAAGCAGCAUUCCAACCUUCGCAUAUGCAAGUCCAACGAUUCAGACUCCGAAGCAUCCUCACCUGAAGGAGAUACUAGAAAACAAGAGUUGCUUGCCCGCAUAGCCCAGCUCCAAGCUCAGAAAGUCAGGCUUACUGAUUUUUUGGAUGAAACGUCUGCCCACCUCACCCAAUUUGCAGAAGAGGCUAAUGUUGAGUUUGACAAGAUUGGAGAAGAUGCUCAGAAAGGACUCGAUGAAGCCAGUGACAGGAUAAUGGAGAACAUAAACAGCCGUAUGCAGGCCUUUGAGGAAUCUGCAGAAUCAUACAAACUUGAGAUUGAGAAGAAUGAUAACGAGUUAGCAGAGUUCGAAGGUCAGAUUGAAAAAGAUAGAAAUGAAGGGUUGUUCUUUAAGAACCUGAGGACGAGGACGCCUAAAGAAAAAGCAGAAGCUAAGGAGGAAAUGAAUAAGAUUAAAAAGCUUACUAAUGAAAGUGCAGCAUCAAAACGCAGGAGAAAUAUUUACCUGGCAUUAAUUGGGCUGCUAAUCAUUGGAAUUGCUGAUUCUUUCAUAUCUUCUUCACCUGAUUGGCGAAAAGUCGCAGUUCUUGGGGCAAUUCUAGUGGCCUUGAUUUCUCAGUUCAUCUAUGAGCAGACAUUGUUAUCACAGACAAAAGAAACAGAAAACGGUAAGAAAGAGGAAGAAGAAAAGUGACCUCCAUCAUUUUCCCUAGGAAGUGUUACUGUGUAAAAAUAUUAAGUCCAGCUUGGAGAAAUAUAGCAUGAUACAAUAGGCCCAAGUGAAAUCUAAUGACUUGGGCUUGAUACAUCAAGCUGUUUUGCUUUUGCAUCGACAUCAGCUGGCCUUGGUGAUACAACUUCAAUCACCAAAACAUGUAAGCUUAGUUACCAUACUGAUGGCCUGAUGCUUUAUGAAAUUUUCUUUGUAAUUUGUUACCAUAUUAAUACAGAAGAGAUGGCUAAACCUCUCAAAUCACAAUAGCUUGAUAACAAAAA